CUACGUAAUAACUUCUUAUCAGUUAAGGGUAUUUCUCAACCACGCUCAGCGUUGAUUGUGUAAUAUUGUCACGGUCAAUUGUACAAGUUGAUCAGAUUCAACUUUAGCAAAUCAACCAUGGAGCCCAGCAGCACUACCGAGCUCAGACGAUGGCUCACUACUUGUGGCGGUUUUAUUCACCCGUUCGUCUCUUUGUCCCAAGGCAAAUUCGGACUCUCUGCCAUCGCGCAAGACACUAUCGAUGCUGACACUACGAUCGUAUCUUGCCCAUUUUCACUGGCCAUCGACCUGGAGUGUUCUCUGCAUGCUCUGACAGUGCUAUUCGGCGAUUCGACUCUCGUUGACCUGCAAUCGUGGUCGGAAAGGCAGCUUAUUUGCACUUAUAUAUGCUUACACUGGAUCUUCCCCGAUUCAAGCCCAAUUCCUGAUGUCCUUCGACAUCUUCCUUACUUGAAAAGCCUUCCACCUGCGGACGCGCUGCUAACGCCCCUUCAAUUCACGCCAUCUGAACUCGAAGCCUUCCGAGGAACUAACAUCUACGGCGCCACCCUUGAUCGUCAGGAAAGCUGGAGUGCUGAGUGGAAUAAAUGUCGAACCUUUAUCCACGCCGUUAAUGCGGAUUGGGCUGAAAGAUACACUUGGGAUAAAUAUCUAAUAGCAUCGACGUAUCUUUCAACCCGCGCAUUUCCAUCCACGCUUCUAUCUCGAUCUCCUACGCUGCAGACCACCUCCUCAAGCUAUCCGUUCAUGCUUCCGGGUGUGGAUAUCCUCAACCAUUCUCGUGGACAGCCUGUUUCUUGGUGCACAUCAUAUCCGGAAGGAAGUACGGAGGCAAGGGAUGACUCGGCCACCAUUUCUAUCAUUUCGCAUACCAAGACGCCUCAUGGCGAAGAAGUCUUCAAUAACUAUGGGCUCAAAGCGAACGACGAACUGAUCCUUGGAUAUGGCUUCUCGCUCCCACAAAACCCGGAUGACAAAAUUACGCUACAGCUUGGUGGGUCCUCCAACAAGUGGGUAAUUGGUCGUCUUGCAAGCGGUGUGGAAGGACUCUGGAAUGAAGUGAGGCGAUUGGUGGCUGAAACCCCGGAGGAGAUAGGGUAUGAAGACGAUUUAGAAGCAGCACAGUUGUUGUUGGAAAUGGUUCAGAAGAAGUGCGAUUUACUUCCCGAUUUUCCAGACGAGAACGAGGGCAUACGCCCGGCGGUGAGACUGAUGCUCAAACAUUACCUAGAAGGGCAACGUGACAUUCUUACUUCAUUGAAGUUGCACUUUGAGAAGAGACAAGAGGCCGCAGUAGAGGCCGCAAGGGAUGAAGGCAUUGAAUUAGUGUUUGAUGAUGAAUGAAUAUGGAGAACUUUUAUUG